AUGGCUUCUUCUUUCUUAAUAAUAGUUUCACUUCUCUUUGCAGCUUUCUCUUCUCCUCUUAUAGAGGCUGCUUAUAGUAAUGGUUACACCAUGCCCAAAUUAUUGCUAAAUCCAAUAGAUUCUUGCUGGCGUAGAAACCCUAACUGGGCGUCUAACCGUCGUGCCCUAGCUGAUUGCGCCGUAGGUUUUGGAAAAGCUGCGGUCGGGGGCAAAUACGGGUCCAUCUACGUGGUUACAAACCCAUCAGAUGACCCUGAAAACCCUAGACCGGGAACCUUGAGACACGCGGUGAUCCAAUCUAAACCGCUGUGGAUCACAUUCGCACGUGACAUGGUCAUAGUGUUGCGAAACGAGCUAAUCAUGAACAGCUACAAGACGAUCGAUGGAAGAGGGGUAAAAGUGGAAAUUGCGUACGGGCCAUGCAUAACGAUCCAACAUGUUAGCCAUGUCAUUAUACAUGGGAUAAGUAUCCAUGAUUGUAAGCCGGGUAAAUCGGGUCGGGUACGGAGCAGCCCGACACAUGUUGGUAGCCGGGAAGGAUCGGACGGUGACGCUAUCGUCGUGUUUGAUUCUUCACAUAUUUGGAUCGAUCAUUGUUACUUUUCUCGGUGUCAAGAUGGUUUGAUCGAUGUGCUACAUGCUUCUACGGCCGUCACUAUUUCUAACAAUUACUUCACACAGCAUGAUAAAGUGAUGUUACUAGGGCAUAAUGACAAUAAUGUGGAAGAUAGAAAUAUGAGAGUCACAAUUGCAUUCAACCAUUUUGGACCGGGUCUCAUUGAGAGAAUGCCUAGAGUAAGGAGAGGCUAUGCGCAUGUAGCAAACAAUAGGUAUGAGAAAUGGCAAAUGUAUGCGAUCGGAGGAAGUGCUGAUCCAACCAUCUUUAGUGAAGGCAACUACUUCGUUGCUUCCGACGACCCUAGCAAAAAACAGGUGACGAAGAGAAUAGAUAGUGGAUAUGACUGGCAGAGAUGGAAAUGGAGAACGUCAAAAGACGUAUUCAAGAAUGGAGCUUAUUUCGUGCCUUCUGGUUACGGAACCGUCACGCCAUUGUACGGAAGAGCAGAGUGGUUUCUGGUGUCCCAUGGCUCUCUCGUUCCUUCUCUUACUUCCUCCGCCGGUCCUCUCCGUUGCUACUCCGGCAGGAUCUGCUGA